AUGGCACUAAACAAAGCGAAAGAAGAAACAGAAGAAGCUUGGGGGAGACACCGCGAGGAGCUCAAGUCGUUAUGGCUAGAAAAGCGGUUGACUAUGAAACAGGUGCAAGACUACAUGUCCCAGACGCACAAUUUUUGGAAGGAGGAACAUCAAUACUCUCGACAGUUUAAGAAAUGGGGAUUCAAGAAAAAUCAGAAAGAAAAGGAGUGGAUGUUUGUUGCGAGCCGCGGCGAGAAGCGGAAACGCGAUGGGAAAAAUUUUGGCCCUGUCCGGAUGCAUGGUCAACUUAUUCCUGAAUCUAAGGUCAGGAAAGAAAUUUCUCGUCAUGUAACUUUGUCCUCUCAAUACUUCGGAGACCUUAACCCGAAGACACCUGAUGGGAUCCUCGUGGGUACCCCUAGAGCAGAGAUAGAAGCUAUCUACGAUGGUGCCACAGACUGGCCUCAAAAUGAAAGUUUCGACUUUGCGACUCUUGGAGAUAUACCUCUGGCUCCAUCGAGCUAUGAAGGUCUUACGUGGCAGUCUGAUAUAGAAGAAUUGAUCCCAUCAGGUUUUGGGCAUUUCUCUCAAUCGAAUGAGCUGCCAGCCGUUUUAUCAUCCCCCGGAAAUGUCGCCUUGGAGCACCAAAUCUUAUCUCCCAGACUAUCGCCAUCUGCCGUCACCAAUGAUCAUGAAAGCUCUCUCAGUUCCGACCGUAUGAUCGAGGAGGGCCUUCGAAUUAUCUUGACACAAUUUGGUGGAGACAGUAGCAGCGGCCCCAGUGAUUUGGCCACGGCCUUGGAGUCCGUUACGACAGGAACAGAAGACGCCUUUCAAUCCGCCUCUUCAAAUAAUUAUUCCAACUAUCUCCAAACAUAUGUGUAUCUGGCAUCUAAUAACCUCCUCUCUGAUCUUUCAACACAAAAGCUCAUUUUACUUAUCGAUAAGACCCAUUCUCACUCAAUGUUGAAGGUGCUUCUGGAGUCACUCACUACAACGAUUGAGAUAUUUAUGACCACUCUUCUGGUCAGUGCAGCAGCCAUGGGAGACGCCAAAAUUUGUCGAAUGCUCAUCGAGGCCGGGGUAGACUUGGAUGCCCACAGUGGACUGGCCAUGCGGACAACAGCACUUCACCGAGCAGUUUCAAAUUGCCGCACUGAAUGUGUAAAAAUGAUACUAGAGGCUGGUGCAGACCCAAAUUUGGUAGUUGACGGCAAGACACCCUUGCAUAAUGCCUGCUCGUACAUGCCAUAUCAGUCAGCAUUCGAGAGUGUGGAUCUAUUACUCCAACACGGAGCCCGUGUCAAUCCACCCCAAGAUUGCGCCCGACUUACUCCGUUGCAGCUUGCCGUGCGAACCGGGAAUCCUGAGCUUGUGCGGCUCCUUCUCGACAAGGGAGCAGAUCCGAACCUCUUCACAACUUCCAAAAUUGGCACUGCUCUGCAGAUGGCGUGUACAAUGUCAAAAAACGCGAUAAUUGUUGAGCUUUUGAUAGAUGCAGGGGCUGACGUUGACUCUUACUCUGGGUACCAAUUUCAUGCCCGAGAGGAGAAAGACUAUGCGGAUAGUGAUGCAGAGUCUUACUCAAGUGACGAGGAUGAGGAUGAUGGGAUUGAUUCUGUGUUUGGGAAUGCAGUCAAGCCUCCUAUUCUGUUAGCGGCCGAAAAUGAGAAUUGGGAGGCGGUGCAACUUCUAUUGGAGGAAGGGGCUGCCAUCAAUGCCGGUCUAAAAAAAGCCCUUCUAGAGUCCUCCAAGAGGAACUAG